GUGCCACUGCUGGAGGUGCUCAGCGGGGCCGGGACCCGCUUGGGGCGCCGUCCGGGGCGAGCACCGGAGCCCGACUGGGCUGAAUGGCAGGUCCUGACCAAGCCACCCGCGCGGCCCCGCCCGCCUGGCGGGAUGAGUGACGGCGGCAACAGGUGCAGAGCGGCGUCCGCGGCUUCUCGGGAGCCCCCGAGUUUUGCGAGUCAGGCCCCGAGAGUCAGAGUUUGACUCUAGAACCUUCUUCGCUUUACACCAGUCUUCGGAAGUCGCCCGUCAACCGGCUUCUUCCACCUCAGUAAAGCCUUAAGGUCACCUCAACCUCUCGAAACCCACCAGUCCCAGAGGCCGACUCUUCUCAAGUGGAGGAGAGGGGAAGGCGUGCAUGGAGCUUUGCCUGACCGCUCGCUCUCUCCUCCCCAGCAGUCUGAGAGAAGGCGAGAGGGGUCCCAGAACCGAGCCCUCGCUCCGCACGCCCCACGCCCGCCCCGCUGUGCCGUGCGCUCUGCCCCUGAGACGCCCCGGCUCGGAGUCCCAGGGCCACAGCCGAAACUCGCCCUCCCGCGCCCCUCUCCGGCUUGCGGCGCCCGCCCGCACUGCCACCUGCCACCCGAGGCGACGCAGUCCGCUUCUCCCCACCCUCCAGGUGGCAGGUUCAGGGCCCGGGUCCGAGCCUGCUUCCCUGCAGCUGCCACAGCCACCCUCGCCGCCAGGGGGCGAGAGUCCCAGGCAGGACAAGCAGCGCUGCUGCCUUGGCGUGAAGGUGGUUUCAAACUUUAGGCUUCUUUUCCCUACCCCGCGUCUCUGAAGAGCAGAGAGGAAGAUGGAAACCGAGUCCGGGCCGCAAACAUCAAACCAGAUGCAAACAGAUUCAUUAUCUCCAUCCCCUAAUCCUGUGUCACCUGUGCCUUUGAAUAACCCAACAAGUGCCCCAAGAUAUGGAACAGUGAUCCCUAAUCGCAUCUUUGUAGGAGGAAUUGAUUUUAAGACAAAUGAAAGUGAUUUAAGAAAAUUUUUUUCCCAGUAUGGGUCUGUGAAAGAAGUGAAGAUUGUAAAUGACAGAGCUGGAGUAUCCAAAGGGUAUGGUUUCGUCACUUUUGAAACACAAGAAGAUGCACAAAAAAUUUUACAAGAGGCUGAAAAACUUAAUUAUAAGGAUAAGAAGCUGAACAUUGGUCCAGCAAUAAGAAAACAACAAGUAGGGAUCCCUCGUUCUAGUAUAAUGCCAGCAGCUGGAACAAUGUAUCUAACAACUUCAACUGGAUAUCCUUAUACUUACCAUAAUGGUGUUGCUUAUUUUCAUACUCCAGAGGUAACUUCGGUCCCACCGCCUUGGCCUUCACGUUCUGUAUGUAGCUCCCCUGUGAUGGUAGCUCAGCCCAUUUAUCAGCAACCUGCAUAUCACUACCAGGCCACCACACAGUAUUUACCAGGACAGUGGCAGUGGAGUGUUCCUCAGCCUUCUGCCUCUUCUGCUCCAUUCUUAUACCUGCAACCUUCUGAGGUUAUUUAUCAACCAGUGGAAAUUGCACAGGAUGGUGGAUGUGUUCCUCCUCCACUGUCUCUGAUGGAAACUUCAGUUCCAGAGCCUUAUUCUGAUUAUGGAGUUCAAGCAACAUAUCACCAGGUUUAUGCUCCAAGUGCCAUCACUAUGCCUGCGCCUGUGAUGCAGCCUGAACCAAUUAAAGUCCAUUGAUAUUCACUUUCUGACAAAAGACAAGGCAAGGACCCACCAGCACUCCAGGUCUCACUUCAUGAUGAUGUCAUCCUCAUUGAGGGCUCACAACCUGACCAACUACUGGUUUCACUUCAGUUUUGACAUUUCCCAGAGCUAAAGAGCUAAGUCCCAAUCACAGGUACAACCACCUUGGGGGGUGGGGGGAAGGGGGAAGACCAGUGUCCCAGGGCCCAUGUUCCAGCCUAGGCCCUUCUUAAGUACUCUGACAUCAACUUCAUAUUCAAUUUAUUGGGCUCUUCAUAGACCCUACAAAGUCCACAGAUUCUUAAGAGAAAUAAUGAGGUCUACAUGCAGAAUAAACUGAGGUUUCAAUAAAAUCAGAGAUUAUAUCUAUUUCUUGUGCUCCUUCUUAUAGCCAUAGGUCUUCUGUCUAAUCUAUGAGUUCACUUGUGAAACAGCCCUCCAGUAUAUAAUGGGGCAACUUAAAAUGUGCAUUGCCCACUUCUCACAUGACUUCACAGAGAGGAUUAUAGUCUGCUGAGUGAGUUGACGUCUUUUUAUUACUCUCCUAAUGUGACAUCCAUGAAUACCUGAUCUAGGCAGUGGUCUAUCACCUCCUGCAACACUGCUUCCAGGAACACACCAAAAUGAAUAUUUGAGGACUUCAAGGAUAGUAUUUGGAAGACAGUUACUUUCUGGCGAAGGAAUCCAGAAAAUGCCAGAUAAAAGUAUUAACAGUGCUAGAGUAGGGAAUUCUACAAGUGUAUCAUUUUCUACCAGAAGUGGUUAGGAUGCCCCCUCUUGGAAGUACAUCCCCUUCAGUUUUCACGUAUUCUCCAUUUGCUAUUCUUAAACUUCUGGACCAACUCAAACACAUCACUAAUUAUUCAAAGAAUAUUUGCUGUAUCUAUUGUGCCUCCUAUAGAGAAUCCAACUGGUUCAUCUUCAGGAUCACCGCAGAAGUCAGAUUCAACUUACCACACAUUCCUCCAUUUAAAAUACCCUGUCUUUGGAAAGUCAGGCCUCUGCACCAAAGCUAAGCCAUCAUAUCCCCUGUGACCUGCACGUACACAUCCAGAUGGUCGGUUCCUGCCUUAACUGAUGACAUUCCACCACAAAAGAAGUGAAAAUGGGCUGUUCCUGCCUUAACUGAUGAUAUUACCUUGUGAAAUUCCUUUUCCUGGCUCAUCCUGGUUCAAAAGCUCCCCCACUGAGCACCUUGUGACCCCCACCCCUGCCGCCAGAGAACAACCCCCUUUGACUGUAAUUUUCCUUUACCUACCCAAAUCCUAUAAAACGGCCCCACCCCAUCUCCCUUCGCUGACUCUCUUUUCCGACUCAGCCCGCCUGCACCCAGGUGAUUAAAAAGCUUUAUUGCUCACAC